CCAUACACAGCAUCAGACAACUGAAUAAUAUGCCAAAACAGGUGAAUGGCCCAAAGAGAGGUCCUGCCAUCCAGAAUGAGCUCAAUGACUCAUUCAAAGAAGAGGUUAAAGCUUUUCUGAGUGAUGAAGAUAAAUUGCAUCUCUUAGAUGACCUUACCAAAGUUAAUCCUGUAACCACAACAACGGUACUGAAAUGUCUGCAAGCAAGGUACACAGUAGAUGUCUUUUAUACAUAUGCUGGCUGCAGUCUUGUGGCUGUAAAUCCAUUUCAACCUAUCUGUUGCCUCUAUUCGCCGGAGCUUAUGAAAGAGUACCACACUGCACUUCGUCCUCAGGAGUUGAAACCUCAUAUCUUUGCUGUGGCUGAACAGACCUACAGAAAUGUUGAAAGCCAGAUUGAACCAAUAAACCAGUCUAUAAUUGUUAGUGGUGAAAGUGGUGCUGGAAAGACUUGGACUUCCCGAUGUCUUAUGAAAUUUUAUGCUACUGUUGCUGCAUCAUCUACCUCUCCUAAAGGCAAUGAAACAGUGGAGAGGAUAGAGAAGAGAGUGCUGGACUCCAACCCUGUUAUGGAAGCUUUUGGAAAUGCAUGUACUCUUCGGAAUAACAACAGUAGCCGUUUUGGAAAAUAUAUCCAGCUUCAGUUAAACAGAUCACAACAUCUGACUAGUGCUUCCAUCCAAACAUUUCUAUUGGAGAAAACCAGAGUUGCUUAUCAGGCCCCACGUGAAAGAAACUUCCAUAUUUUUUAUCAGAUCACAAAAGGUGCCACAAAGGAUGAAAGACUGGAGUGGAACCUGCCUGAGGGUGCCAAUUUCUUCUGGCUGCCAAAUUCUGAAAGAACGCUGGAAGAGGACUGCUUUGAGGUGACCAGAGAGGCAAUGUUUCACCUGGGCAUUGACAGCUCCACACAGAACAAUAUUUUUAAGAUAUUAGCAGGACUUCUACACCUUGGUAACAUUCAGUUCUCUGAUUCAGUGGAUGAAUCCCAGCCUUGUGAACCAGAAGAUAAUGCCAAAGGUUUUGUGAAGACCACUGCAAACUUGCUAAAAGUAUCUGUAGAGGAGCUGCUGGAAACACUAAGAAUUCGAACGAUAACUGCUGGAAAACAGCAACAAGUCUUCAAGAAGCCAUGCUCCAGAUCAGAAUGUGAAACUAGAAGGGACUGCCUGGCUAAAGUUAUCUAUGCUAAAUUAUUUGACUGGCUGGUUUCAGUGAUAAACGGAAGCAUCUAUGCAGAUUCUCUUGUGUGGAACAACUUUAUAGGUUUGUUGGACGUUUAUGGUUUUGAAUCUUUUCCUGAAAACAACUUGGAACAGCUCUGUAUUAACUAUGCCAAUGAGAAACUACAGCAGCACUUUGUAGCACACUAUCUGAAGGCACAACAGGAAGAAUAUGCAGCAGAAGGUCUAGAAUGGUCUUUCAUAAACUACCAGGAUAACCAGAGCUGUCUAGAUCUGAUAGAAGGAAGCCCUGUCAGCAUCUUUUCUUUGCUGAAUGAGGAGUGUCGUCUGAACAGAUCCUCUAACGUCAGCCAAUUCCAAACCCGAAUUGAGAACUCUUUGUCUAAUAACCGGUGUAUAAGCCGGGACAAGUUUAGUAAGAAGCCUAACUUUGUUGUUUCCCAUUAUGCUGGCAAAGUCUGUUACCAAGUGGAAGGCAUGGUGGAGAAAAACAGGGACCCAGUUCCACUGGAGUUACUCCAGCUUCUGAAGAAUUCCCAAGACUGCUUGCUUCAGAAGUUCUUUCCCAUGACAGAAAAGAGCCAAAAUGAUACCAAAACCCAGAACAGAGCAGCAGUUGUUACAGUGGUCUCCAAGUUCAAGGGUUCACUUGAACGUCUGAUGCAGAUCUUGCAUAGCACUACACCUCAUUACAUCAGAUGUAUCAAGCCUAAUGCUGAUUGCAAGGCCAUGACUUUUAAAAAAGAAGAGGUUCUCAGUCAGCUUGAAGCAUGUGGCAUAGUAGAAACUAUCAGCAUCAGUGCAGCUGGAUUUCCUAUUAGGGUCUCCUUCCAAAGUUUUAUUGAGCGUUAUAAAGUGCUGAGAAAAUCACGUACAUCGAAUACAGUGCCAGAUGAAAAUGGUUUCUCUCCUGCUAAGAAGAAAAGAGGUUUGACUCAAACAGCAAAUAAUGAUGAAGGGUUACGCUUUGUCAUCCAUGAUCUUCUUCAGAAAAUGACGGUGGGACAAAGUGCUGUUUCCCUUAACCAAACAGAGACCAAAUCAAACUCCUCUUCCAUGUAUUGCGGAAAAACCAAAAUCUUUAUGACUAAUUCCAUGCUAGAACAACUUGAAGCUAGAAGAGCAGCAGUACUAUCUGAGAAAGCAUUUUGCAUUCAGUGUUGCUGGAGAAGAUUUAAGCAGAGGAAGCUAUCAAAGCAGAGAUGGUCUGCUACCAUCAUCCAAGCUGCUGUUCGCUCCUGGUUAGCAAAGAAACAUUUCCAACGAAUGCGCAGGGCUGCUACUGUUCUAAAGCAUGCCUGGAGGAAAUGGAAAGCAAGGAUGGAUGCGCUAGCAGCAAAGGAGCUGGAUUACACUGAAGAAAAACUCCAUUCCUCUGUUCCUGGUGCUACCGUUUUCUUAGACCGGUCACCUAGUCCACUGGAAAAGACUUGGCCACUAAGUGCAAUAAUCCAGUUCUGGCCUCUUGGACUAGUUCUAUCUACUGCACCCGUUACAGUGGUUGGAUUUCGAAGAGACCUGUCCCUUCUGGCAUGCUUGAAAAUACUUCAUCAGAACAAUGGUUACAAAGUGGAGAGCAAUCUGUUUGGUUGUGGUAUCACCUCCAUUAGAGCACUCCCACAGGGCUCUGUCAAGUUUCACUGCAAGAAGUCUCCACUGCCUCAUGCAGACAUCAGUCCACAUAACCAAGCCUGUAUGAUCACUGGAUUCAACCAAAUCUUACUAGAUCGGAAAAAACUGCUCACUACAUAA